GUCUAGGGUUAUAGGAGCUUGAGGGAGUGAAUAGGAACAACUUGGUUAAGUCAUUUCUCAUCUACAAAAUCCAAGAGAAAUUUCAAAAAAUUCCCAGUAAAAUCUUGUUUUUCUCUUCAAAUCAACUUGAGCAUUAACAUGCCAAGAAAGUUCUUUUUCUGGCUUCUUUUUUAGUUGUAUGUUUUUCCUAAUUUGAGUAGAUUUUUCAGUUAUUCCCUUUCUAUUUUUGGAAACCUUUUUCUCAUCUGGGUCUUUGGUUGUUGUUGACCAUCAAAAUCAGUUUCAGUUCAGACAAACAUUUAUUUCCUAGGACUCAACGAGUUUACCCUUUUCUGGGUUUUUCUUCUAGAAUUCAUUUUUUCCUUUAGUUAUAGGAGAACUACUGUUGAGACUAUGGUGAGAGGGAAAAUUCAGAUGAAGAGAAUAGAAAAUGCAACAAGCAGGCAAGUAACGUUUUCAAAGCGAAGGAAUGGGUUGCUUAAAAAGGCCUUUGAGUUAUCAGUUCUCUGCGAUGCUGAAAUUGCACUCAUCAUCUUCUCUCCUAGAGGAAAUCUAUAUGAGUUUUCUAGUUGUAGCAUGAACAAAACCAUAGAACGGUAUCAGAAGAGAGAGAAGGAUCUUGGAAUCAUCAGCGAAGUUUUAGAGGAAAGUAUGCAGAAUAAUGUGAAGGAAGACGCUUACAGCAUGGCAAAGAAGAUCAAAUUUCUCGAAGAUUCUAAACGAAAACUCUUGGGAUAUGGAUUGGAGCCAUGUUCUCUUAAUGAGCUGCAACUGUUAGAAAACCAGUUGGAACGAAGCUUAAGUAGACUUAGGGCAAGAAAGAAUCAGUUAUUUUGGGAGCAGAUGGAGAAGCUAAAGGAGGAGGAGAGACGCCUUAGGGAAGAAAAUGCAAAGCUGCGAGAAAAGUGUGGGAUGCAACCUAGACAACCAUCAACAAGCAAAUCCGAUGACCACACCGAGCCCAUGGAGGUGGAGACGGAAUUAUUCAUAGGACCACCGGAGGGAAGUAUCCAAAGAAACCAUAAGACUUAAUUAAUUGACGAUUAGUAAAGCUUCAAAACUUUGAGAAAAUUCACAUGAGGUAUCAUUUUCUUGCAUUUCCACUUUCGAGUUGUGAUGAAAUAAAUUAUGAGUGUAUAUAGUUUUUAUAAACAGAAAAGGAUGGGACCAUACUAUAAAAUUUGUGUGAUUAAUUGUAAGAUUUUAUGUGUGGAAGAGUUGUGUAAUAUAUACCAAGAGAUCCAUUAACUGGAAAUUAAAUUGAUGAUA